AGCGCGCUACCGCUUGAGCAGGGCCUCAUUCUUAGGAAUAAGUAGAGCAGGGAUUUGAAUCUUGCUUUGUCUGAAUGCAGACUUCUACUUUCUCCAAGGGUUCAGCUUGCGUUUGUGUGUAAGCUUCAACCUGCUCCCUCCAGAACUGUGCAGGAGACCUGUUAAUUUGAAAAGAUAUCAAGUUAGCACCCCAUGGGCCUUAAAACUGAAAUGUUUGCAACGCCUGCUCUGAGCAGAUGUGCUGGGUUGCAGUUACCCUGUGAUGUCUGUACCCAGACUGAAGAUCCAUAUCAAGACAAGGAGCAAACCAAACCGUAACUGUGAGAAGAAGCUGCGAUGGCUUUCCUCAUUCUCUUCUUUUUUAAACAAACUAGACUGUCAGCAUCGGUGUGAAUGUUAAGUGCUUCACAGUAGUGACCCAGGAGCUAGUGCACUUGACCUAAUUCAAUCUCUUCUGCUUUUGUUCUCAGAGGCUGCCUCACCUUCUUGAAAAAAGAAAAAAAAAAUCAAUGCUGGCCAAUCUAUGUCUUUGUAGAGUGCAUUUGACUUAGGAGACAGCCCUUUGGAGCUACAUCCCGUGAAUAAGAUCCGUGCCCAGUAAAUUUGAUUUCCGGAGUCAGUCAUCUUGGCGUCUUCUUCUACGACAGUUCCCAAAGGGUCUGGAAUCCACCAGAAACCGAAGCCGGGAAGAGCGUGCUUGCCUUGGUCACUGCGCGGAGCAGCCACCUGCUUGGGAGCGCGGCGUUCAUUCACACACCAGUUGGAGACUAGGCUUGGGAAGUUUUCCACGUAGAUGGUGCCUCUCCCCUGGAUGGACGGGGAGAAAUAACAUCUGCAGAUUGCUGCCAGACACCCUGAGAACACAAACCCACCUGGUCUUUGGUCCCCUUGCUGAAUGGCAUUCGCUGCGGCAGCCCACUGAGGGCUACUUUCCUGGGGAUUCAGGGUUUGAGCACAGGACUCCAGUCUGGGAAGAUGCUGAGUUCCAUCAAGUGCGUGUUGGUGGGCGACAGCGCUGUGGGGAAAACCUCCCUGUUGGUGCGUUUCACCUCCGAGACCUUCCCCGAGGCCUAUAAGCCCACGGUGUACGAGAACACGGGUGUGGACGUCUUCAUGGAUGGCAUCCAGAUCAGCCUGGGCCUCUGGGACACUGCUGGCAACGAUGCCUUCAGAAGCAUCCGCCCCCUGUCCUACCAGCAGGCCGACGUGGUGCUGAUGUGCUAUUCCGUGGCCAACCAUAACUCGUUUCUGAACUUGAAGAACAAGUGGAUUGGUGAAAUCAGGAGCAACCUGCCCUGUACCCCGGUGCUGGUGGUGGCCACCCAGACUGACCAGCGGGAAGUGGGGCCCCACAGGGCCUCCUGCAUCAAUGCCAUAGAAGGGAAGAAACUGGCCCAGGAUGUGCGAGCCAAGGGCUACCUGGAGUGCUCAGCCCUCAGCAACCGGGGAGUGCAGCAGGUGUUUGAGUGUGCUGUCCGGACUGCCGUCAACCAGGCCAGGCGACGAAACAGAAGGAGGCUCUUCUCCAUCGAGUGCAAGAUCUUCUAAUCCCCAGGACACUUCACCCAACACUCAGGAGCACAUGCCAAAGAACGAUGGGAAGGGGGGAAGCAGGCAAGAUGGGAAGGUCGGUGCUGAUUCCAGGCACCCCCGCAGCAGCCCUUCCUGUUGGAUACAGCUGUUGAGACUGAGCCCGUGGAUGUUUUCACUAACUACAAACCAACACCUCGCACAAUAUGAUCAGAGAAACAAACCCCUUGGGAAGCUGUAAUGGAUAGUUCAUCUUCAAUUAAAAAAAACUAAAACGUCCUUCAUAAUUUUGGACAAUGGAGUUUUCCAAGCAUUCCAUAAUUAAAGACACGCUUUAUUUAAAUAAUAACAAACCAUGCAGCUCUUGUAUAUAAUUAGUUUUCACACUUAGGAGGUCUUUUCCUACUUACUUACAAACUGCUGUAUGAAUGAAAUAACCUCAUGGGGCUUUGCCAUAUGUUUAUAGUGUUAUUAUUUUUAACACUAUAACCUGAAUCAGUAGUUCCGUCAAAACCACUUGCCUGCUGGAUUUUCCUAGGAAUUUUAAAAUGACCAUUAACUGAUUCUUGUAAUCCAUUUACCACUUACCUGUUAUUUAGAGUUGUAUAUAGAAUACGGUUCCAUAAACAUAUGUCCCUACUCGCCUAAUGAUUUUCCACAGUUACCACCGUAUUUCAUUGUCAUUGUAAAAAAGCAUUUCUUAUAUGCCAUCUUACCUUCCACCCAAAGAACCGCAGUUGUGCACUAAGUUUUCC